CGUGCGCGGUGUGCGUGGUGCGCUGGCCUGGAAGCUCUGGACCUGUGAGGUGUGCACGCAGGCGGGCGGCGGCAAGAGCGUUUGGCCGACAUGGCUCCCAACGUAUUAGCUACUGAACCCGAGUAUCCUAAAGGCAUCCGGGCGGUGCUACUGGGGCCGCCUGGGGCUGGCAAGGGUACCCAGGCACCCAAAUUGGCUGAAAACUUCUGUGUCUGUCAUUUAGCCACUGGAGACAUGCUGAGGGCCAUGGUAGCUUCUGGCUCAGAGUUGGGAAAAAAGCUUAAGGCAACUAUGGAUGCUGGGAAACUGGUGAGUGAUGAAAUGGUAGUGGAGCUCAUUGAGAAAAACUUGGAGACACCUUCAUGCAAAAAUGGCUUUCUUUUAGAUGGCUUCCCUCGGACUGUGAGGCAGGCUGAAAUGCUUGAUGACCUCAUGGAGAAGAGGAAAGAGAAGCUUGAUUCUGUGAUUGAGUUCUGCAUCCCAGACUCUCUGCUGAUUCGGAGAAUCACUGGAAGGCUGAUUCACCCCAAAAGUGGCCGGUCCUACCACGAGGAGUUCAACCCCCCAAAGGAACCUAUGAAAGAUGAUAUCACUGGGGAACCCCUGAUCCGUCGAUCAGAUGAUAAUGAGAAGGCCUUGAAGAUCCGUUUGGAGGCUUACCACACUCAGACCACCCCACUCGUGGAAUACUACAGUAAACGGGGGAUCCACUCUGCCAUCGAUGCAUCCCAGACCCCUGAUGUUGUGUUUGCGAGCAUCCUAGCAGCCUUCUCCAAAGCCACAUCCUAGUAACAGAAGGCCAGGCGAGACUGCAGCACUGCUCAUCACCCUGCGGCAUGAUCCCUGCUCUUUCUUAGGUGCUGGGCGGAGGGAAAAGGGUGGCCAAGGGAAGGAUGGAAAGGAAGGGGUGGUGAGGGGCUUGAGAAGUAUUUGGAAGAGCAGCAGGGUUAUUGUAGUGCGUGGGAUUUUUUUACACAUAGCUGGAAAUUUUAAAAGUAUAAGGAGAAGAUUAAUUUAAAAAAAAAGAACACUGUGAUUAGAGGGUGUGGGUACAAAUAGGGAGAUACAGUAUAAGCAAGUGGGUUUUUGUUUACUCUGGACUGAUGACAAUGUUUUUUUAAAGCCAAUUCUCUUAAGACCUCAGUUUUUAUCUCAGAACCUCAUGAGGUGCUGGGCCAAGAACACAGGAAAUCAAACUGUGGUCCUAUCUGUCCUGUAGCUUGGAACAGGGAGUGUUUGACUGCUGACUGGUUCCUCACACCAUAAGAUCAAAAUAUCAUCUCACAUUUGAAAGAGAUAAGAGAUGUGUUUGUGCAGGUGGUAGCUCAACAAAUCAAGUUUACUGUAGUCAUGGGGGAAGGAGGAAGCAGAUCUCACUCUCAUCCCCUCAGCAGCUACCACAAUCCCACAGUCUUGCCUUCUUUCAUCCAUGGUGUGUGAAGGAACCCUUUUAAAUGAGCAAAGAAAGGGCUGGAGGUGUAGCCAGAGGUAGAGCGCUUGCCCAGCACAUGCAAGGCUCUAGGUUUGAUCCCCAGGACUGCAAAAAUAAAUAAAAGCAGAUGAGCAAGUGUCCUAAACUGUAUCAUCCAAAGAUUAUCCUUCCAUCCUCAAAUCCUGUGACCGGGAUCACUCGACAGCACUGUGAUGUAUUCGUUUCAACAAGGUGCCUUUCUUAACUUACCAAAUGCUGCCUUGUUUGGCCCCUAAGUCAAUAAAAAAUGUUAAAAAUUCAUAUCCCCCUGUUGUGGCAUUUUUGGGGGAAAUUUGGGCUACAACAGUGACAUUGAGUUCUGGGCCUGGCAUGGAAACCCUUUCUUACGAUCACUAGCAGCUGUGUGAUGUGGGGGUGAGCCUGCACCCUCAUGACCUUCAGUUCAAGGUAGCGUGGUUGGAGUUCAGGGUACCCAGGACAAAUUCCAACAGCUAGUCACCACUGUGCUCUUAUAUUCUCAUCUGAAAAAGGCCUGUGAUGUCACCCUCUCAGACUUACUGGCAUUAAAUGAAGUUUAUAAGGAAAAGCUUGGCUUGGUGCCUACCACACAGCACACACUGGAUAAAUGUUAGUUG